UUAUUAAUUUAUUUCACAGAUUCACAGGUUAUUCAUUUACUUGUGUUGAUUUAAGUUCCUGGUUUCCACCUUUGCGUCUCAUUAAAGGAUGUGACGCACAUUGAGCAUAUAUAGCUCACUUAUUCAAAUCCUUCAAUAUCAUUUGAAUGGUUUGAUAUCAGAUCAAUGAUCCUAUAUAGCAUCGCUCAUCUCAACUGUGGUGAAAGAGGUUCUUUAGUUCUACCUUCUAUCCACGACUAAUACAAACCUGAUUGGAGGUCGAAAACUCGGCCAACAUUAACAGGGCUCGGCCGACCGACUCAUAUCAUCCUUAAGUGCGUCACCCACCCAUCCAUAAGUGUGUCACCCUUCCAUAAGUGUGUCACCCUUCCAUAAGUGUGUCACCCAUCCAUCAGUGUUUCUCCCAUCCAUAAGUGUGUCAUCCAUCCAUAAGUGUGUCACCUAGACCCAUAAAGGCAACACAAUAUCCACCAUCACAGCCACCUCCCCCCGGGCCCAAAGAUGUCAAAGCAGGCGGUCACGGCGGCGGGCGCUGAGGAGUACGCGUCGCUGAGGAGAGCACAUGCAUCUCCACCCAGACGUCCAGUGCAGUACCAGGAGGGCGGGGAGGACGCUGUGUUACAGUGGAGCCGUAACCCGCUGAUGUGUUGGUUGUGUGACUCACUUUACGAUGACCCACGUUUGCUGUGUUGCUACCACGUCUUCUGCAGCCGCUGCCUCACGCCCAGGGUCGUCGACAACAGGAUAUAUUGUCCGCUCUGUUGUAAGGUGACCCCUGCCAAGGAUGGCGCGCUGCCCCCCCGCGACGCCCUCAUGGUCUUCCUGCUGGAGUCCACGAGCGAGGAGCGCGCGCCCUGCGCCAACUGCAACAACGGCAACACUGCAGACUACUUCUGCAACACCUGUGGUCAGGCCCUCUGCUGUCGGUGUCGUGAGGCCACUCACCGCGCCAGGAUGUUUGCUGCCCACGACGUCGUGCAUAUGAGCAAGCGGGGCCGCGACAUGUGCAAGAAGUGCCCCACGCACGGCGAGCCCUACAUCAUGUUCUCAGCACCGAAGCACAGGAUGCAGUGCAUCAAUUGCUUCAGGGAGUCCAGUGUGGAGGCACGGCUGCUGUGCACCGACAUAGACACGGCCUACACCGCCGCCGCACGCAAGCUCGACCGCGGUGUCAUCGGCAUACGGGAGUUGCAGAGCUCAGUGCGGGACGGCGUUGUGUUAUUCAAAGCGUUGCUGGACGAGCUACGCACCAACGCUGACCUCGAGAAGGCCAGCAUCAACACCAUGGCUGACACUCUGCAGGAGAGCUUGAGGCGCACUCAUGAGGCCAUGCUUAGGGAGGUCGACGUGCAAUACGAGUCUAAGGACAAGCUGUUCAGGUCGCAGCUGUCAUCGCUGGGGUCUCUGCUACCGAUCAUCCAAGUCCACCUCGCCAUGUGCACCACCUUCGCUGCCACGGCCUCCAAACACGACUUCCUCGACGUCGUCUUCCUCCUGAUGGAGAGACUUGCCGCCAUCGCCCACCUCUCCCACCCUCUCAGGCCGGGCCAGAGCAGUCAGAUCCGCAGCAACUACCGGCAGGAGUUCGCCAGGAGCCUCGAGCUCAUGAGCAGCAGCAGCAAGACGCGACAGCCUGUCACCGCCCCUGCGCCAUGCCCCGACAAGCCGCCCCCUGAAGGGCAGCUCGCCCGGACGCCCCUCUCCACCCUCGAGGCGUUCACGUUCCGCGCCCCCGCCGCCCCCGCCGCCCCCGCCAAGCUCAAACUCGCGGACCUCGAGGGACCUUUUGCGGACCACUGCAGGGCUCAUGAGAUCAGCUUCCGGGAGCUGUCGACGAAGUUCAGUCGCCUGAAGGAAGAGGCUCAAGAGCUUCACCGGGACGUGACCCACCGUCGGGUCGUGGCCCGGCGGUCCCGCGUCGAUGACAUCGUCAGGGAGAGCGCCGCCCUCGAGGAAGACGUGCGUCGCUACGCUGAGGAGCUCGACGAUGUCAAGACCGCCUUUGACGCCACGUGGGACGAGCUCAUACAGAGGAUAUACGCUGAGCAAGAGCUCCUUCAGACCCAGAUGAACGAUGUAGCGAACCUGCGGGACGAAAACAAGCGACUUACAAUCAUAGCUCAGCAACUGGAGCCUUACAUCCGCUCCAUCAGCUCCAUCAUGGAGAGGAUCUCCCCCCGCCUCCAGGUGCCGGCCAGCCAGAUGCUGAGCUCCUCGCAGAUCUGCCUGCUGGGCACCCGCGACCCGAGCAGCGCCCUCGUGCAGCAGAUGAUUGGUCAGAUGGCCGCCUGCAGCAGGAGCGAUAGGACGGAGGGGCGCGGGUGUGGCGACGGCGCCAGUCGAGGGGCGGCGCUGGAGGACGGCCCGUCGUCCAAGGCGAGCUCGGCGCCAGAGACGCCCCAGCCACAGCUGCUGCCUGACGGGGUACCCCUGCCCCCCGAGCCCCCCCACGUGAGGCGAGGGGGCGAGCAUGGCAAGGAGGAGGACCAGCAAGACUACUCAGCAAGACAGGCUUACGGGGACCUCGCAGCCGAUCAACUGAUUCCCUGUCCAGCCACACCGCCCCCUCCUCCACAGCGUAAACUACCUCACUCUAGGGAAGGUCCAACCUCUUCUACUUCAUCUCUAAUGUCGCUGGAAGGCAGCAGCUGCAACGAUGUUUUUGAGAAGUCAUCGCGUGGCGACGGCCCUGAAGCUGCGCGAGUCGAGAAAGUCUGGCAACGCAGACGUCGAGGGUCGGAAGGUUCCGGAGGACCUACGAAAUUGGUGGCCGCAACCAUACUUAGUAAAAUAUGUCGGCAGCACAGCGAAGGAAGCUCCGGUGUGCGACAGGCUCAUCGUUCUUUAUCUGACGAGAGAAAGUCUAGUCAGUCCAGUAAGCGAGACUUAGCUGAUCACUUGUUGGCGAGAGCUGUGGCUUCCUUUGACGCCUCAGCUCUGCCUGAGCGCCCAAAAUCUGCUUGCGAGAACUCCAAUGUAACGACCAGGGAAGAUUAUCCUGCCGACGCCCGCAGCCGUGCCCGGGAGCGCGGGAAAGACAACGGGUUUCAAGAAGGCGAAGAAGGAACUCGGCGUCCGCACACGCGGCCCAACUCCGGCGAUAGGGAACCUGUUAAUAAAGUAAAUACUUUGCCUGUGAUUAAAGCUAGUCAACCGCUCAGGCUAAAACAGAAUAAUCAAAAGUACCGCGUGUUGAACGAUAAUGUUUAUGCGAUAGCAACUGUUGCUCGACGACCUCCUGUUAAGCGUGAAAAUAUUUACGAAAAUGUGAUCUGCUUUAAGCCCAAAAAUGUCGGCUGGACGAUGCCAACAAGAAGCGGAUUCCGGAAGCAGAACUCCAUGAGCGUUCUUCCUUUAAUGCUUGCCGAGGAGCACAAGAACUUCGGCAACGAUUCCAUGAACGAACGACGCGAAACUGUACGCAAAGCCGACAGUUUCGAGGGCCAUGAGGAAGCUGUGCGUACGUUGGUGGCACAAGUGCACAAAAAUAGGACGAGCCGACUCAAAGACGUCAAGUAUUAAACGAUCACAUGGAAACUACUGCUUAAACUUAAUUCUCAAACAGGGAUAGCAUUUGUGUUGUAGUAAAUAGUUGUGAAUAUAAUGAAAACGUUGCGUUAUUUAGUAGUCUAGGUUUACAAAGGCGUGACGUAAUUCUUCAACCAGGAUAACGUAUGGCAAGCGAAUAGAGUUUUUGAAAUUUUUCAUGGUUUUGUGCAACGAACUUGGCUUGAAGUUCAAGGAAGUAGCAAGAUUGUGGCGUUUCUGUUGCUAUAUGGUGAAAUUUUACUCGAUUAAAUGAUCUUGUCCUUGAAUAGCAUUGGCGGCGGUUAAUAUAAUGUAGACAACAGAAUAAAUUAACGGCUUCUCCUAGAUUAUUGAGAGUCUGAUGUGCAAUUCUACCUUAAAUUCUAGAUGCGGAUUGACUGUCUAGAGGACACUACAAGCAUGGCCUUCAUCACUGUUACACGUUUUGUUUACACACUUCUUGAGUGCAUCACGAAUAUCAUCAAAUGAUGUCAUAGUUUUCUCGUAGUAAUGUCAUUAUUAUCAAUCGAGUUUCCGUACCUGAAAUCCUUUGCGUGUAAAGGUCUUCAUCUUUCUUUGACUACAAUGUGAAUCCUCAGCGCCUUCGCCGCGAACGCUUUGUUCUGCACGAGGCCUGUGGAUGUCAUUAUAAAUUAUUUUACAUUCAUUUCAUGUGCUCAGUUCAUUUUUCGGUGCCGCUGGUGGGUGGCGCUUGGUAGGCGUCAAAGGUGGGGCUUGCAGCAUGGCCUUGGGUUAGUGUGCCUAAAUCAAGUCCCUUUACUUUUUACCUGGGAU